GUCAGUAAAAAGCCAUCACUAACACAUGAACAAAAUCCCAUUGGAGAAGCCAUGUGUUUUUAAACCGAACAAAAACAGCGCAGGAAAAUAAUCUUCGCAAUAGUUUUGUAACAAGGUUUUAAGAAAAAUGACUACAGAAACGGAAACGACACCAGUCUUUCUGAAGCUUAACGUAGAAGAAGAACCCGAACUUGGGGUGACGGAAAUCGAAUCGAUGUGCGUAAAUUGUUAUGAGAAUGGCAUCACGCGUCUUCUGCUAACGCACAUCCCAUUCUACAAGGAUGUAGUGAUAAUGUCCUUCUCCUGUGAACAGUGUGGCUUCGAGAAUAACGAAAUCCAACCAGGCGGUGAGAUUGCUGCGCGUGGAAUUCGCAUUACGGCCACAAUAAGCCAGCUGGAAGACUUGAACCGGCGCGUGGUAAAAUCGGACUUCUCCAGUGUUCGGAUAGAGGAACUGGAUUUCGAAAUUUCCGCUCAGUCGCAGAAGGGAGAAGUUACUACGGUCGAGGGUAUCAUCGAUCGGGCAGUGCGCGGUUUGGAGCAGGAUCAGUCGGUCCGCCGGAUACAGCACCCGGAGGCGGCCGACCAGAUAGAUGCAUUUGCUGAGAAACUCAAGCAGCUGAAAGAUAUGGCCAAACCUUUCACGAUAAUUGUCGAAGACAUUUCGGGGAAUAGCUUCGUGGAGAAUCCAUUCGUGCCCAAUCCAGAUCCGAGUUUGAGUAUAUCGCACUUCAAGAGAACUAAGGAGCAAAAUCACUUGCUGGGUAUUUUCAAUCACGAUGAGGUGGAUGACUCGUUUUCUAGCAAGUCGGCAGUUGUUCCAGAAGAGGAGGACAAAUUGCUCAAACCGAUUGCCGAAGAUGCUUGGCCUCUGGAAGAGCUGCACGGAGAAGUUCUGCAGUUUCAAACAAACUGUCCGGAGUGUGCCGCAUCGUGUGUGACAAAUAUGAAGCUAACAAAGAUUCCCCACUUCAAGGAGGUUGUCAUUAUGGCCACGGUUUGCGAUAAUUGUGGUUCCAGAACGAACGAAGUCAAACCAGGCGGAGGAAUCGAAGAGCAGGGAGUCAAAAUCGAGGUAACCGUUCGGGGAAAGGUUGACUUUUCGCGUGAUGUACUCGAGUCGGAAUCGUGCAAACUGUAUAUCCGCGAACUGGAAUGCGAGGUGGGAGGCGGUGCACUUGGCGGACGUUUUACCACAAUCGAAGGUUUACUGACGGCGAUGAAAGAACAGCUGGUGGAGAGUACCGGCAUGUUUAUGGAUUCCAACGACGAAAAGACGAAGAACAGGAUGGAUGUAUUCUUUGGCCACCUGGAUGCCGCUAUCGAGGGCAGUAAGCAGCUGACGAUUGUGCUGGACGAUCCGACGGGGAACAGCUACGUGCAGUCGCUGAACGAUGAUGGGACGCCGGAUGAGGCACUACGAAUAAUAAAAUAUCAUCGAUCGCACGAGCAGAACGAAGAACUCGGGUUGAAUGAUAUGAAAACGGAAAACUACGAGGAGGACAGCGUUAACGACAAGAAGAAUGAAAAUUAGAACUUGGUAUUUUUGACGUUGGACUAACGUCUAUAUCGAAGUUAGGCACCUGAAUUUGAAAAUCUAGUAAUUCAACCGGGGAAAACCAGGGAAAAGUGGUCAGGUUUUGAGCGCUUAUAUAUCAGUCAUUUCUUUUCAGAAUUUCGAGGUUUUGGCAUCAACCGAUCAGAAAUUCUUUUACGGUUGAAUUUAUGUAACAAAAAUAACCUAUUGUUCGAGAUACA